GUUGAUCGUCAAACAAAUAAUAAACUGUAGUGACGAUGCAGCUCGUCAAUGGAUUACCGUUCCUGGUUCUUUUACUCCUGCUGGGCACUGAGGCCCGUCCCACAUUCGAUCGGAUGGCGGAAGUGUUGCUGAACGUGCUGGAUGAUGGACCACAUUACGCUCAACCCGAACCCUAUAGACCUGUACAUCCUGUACAUCCAGUACAUCCGGUACAUCCCGUACAUCCGGUACACCCAGUGCAUCCGGUACAUCCAGUACAUCCGGUACAUCCAGUACAUCCAAGUGGUCCACUUAUACAGGAGGGCUACGAUCAUGGCUAUGACUACUACUAUGGAGGAGGCAGCUCUCAUGGUUAUGGCAAUGCUGGCUAUCAGUCACCACCCCAAGAUUAUUACCAAGGACCCGUCCAGGGAUCCUUUAAAGGCUAUUACCCUGAACCGCAGUAUCCGCAUAAUUCCUACAGACAUUCCGGUCGCGACUAUGGACAGGAAUAUGGAAGAACAGCUGGCGGAGAACACAACUACGUAGGUGGAUACAAACAACAUGGUUACUAAAGUCAUUUGGGAUCGUGAUAUAUUUGAAUACAAUAUUAAUUUGUAAUAAUGAAACGUCAUAGUACUAUAAUAUUCGUAAGCUAAAAUACAGUACAUAAUUUAUUAAAAUGAUUGCCCGUCUCUCAUGUA